GGGCGGGAACCCGAGACGCCCCGCCGGGACAGGGCAGGGCCGGGCCAGGCCGGAGGCGCCCUCAGAGGGAGAACACCAGGCGCGGCGCGGGCGGUUCCGGCUCCAGCUCCGGCCCGGGCGAGGCGCGAUGGCGAGCAGCGACAGCAACCACGCCGCGGAGAGCGCCCUCAGCUCCGAUGGGGACGAGGAGGCGACCCGGGAGCUGGACACCGAGGAGGAGUCGGAGGGCGAGGAGGGCGAGACGGCCGCGGAGUCGGAGUCGGAGCCGGACGCCAGGUUAUCAGACCAGGAUGAAGAGGGCAAGACCAAGAAGACGUGUAUCAUAUCUGACCCCUCCUUUUCCAUGGUAACAGUUCAACGGGAAGAUAGUGGAAUAACCUGGGAGACCAAUUCAAGCAGGUCUUCCACCCCUUGGGCCUCCGAAGAAAGUCAGACUUCUGGUGUUUGUAGUCUGGAAGGGUCAACUCUGAAUUCUCCUCCAGGGAAUGUUUCCUUUAUUGUGGAUGAAGUUAAAAAAGUUCGGAAAAGAAAGCCUAAGUCAAAACAUGGAUCACCAUUAUUACGUCGGAAAGGCAACAAAAAAAGAAAUUCUUUUGAAUCCCAAGAUGUUCCAGCAAACAGAAAAAGUAACCCCUUAAUUUCAGAAAGCCAGGUACUGAACACCCAGAAAGAGAAGUCAUCUACUGGCAUUUAUGAUAAGACAGAAAAAAAGAAAUCCACUUCAAGUACACCUCCUAUUACUGGGGCAAUAUACAAAGAACACAAGCCGUUGGUGUUAAGACCAGUCUACAUAGGAACAGUGCAAUAUAAAAUCAAGAUGUUUAAUUCAGUUAAAGAAGAAUUAAUUCCUCUACAAUUUUAUGGAACAUUGCCAAAGGGUUAUGUAAUUAAAGAAAUACAUUAUAGGAGGGGGAAAGAUGCAUCCAUUAGUCUAGAGCCAGAUUUAGGCAAUCGUGAUUCUACUGUAGUUUCCAAAACAGGCAAAUUAGUAGCCCAAAGCAUAGAAGAAGAUAAAGUAAAAGAGCUUGCUUCACCCUGGAGAGAUGCACUCUCCAAAGGGUCAAAGUCCCCGACCUCCCUAUUCAGUCAUGAAGAUCGAGAGAAGAUGUACAUUGAUUCUCCUCUCAGGGCUGCAUCUGCCACCAAGCCCACGCCUUCCUCUUAUACAAAUGACGACAUAGCAGAACAAGAACCACAGGUCAGCACUCCAAAGUCAGUGCCACAGCCACCUGCUGAUGAAGCAAAACCCCGUGAAAUGGAGCCUGCCUCUCUUACUGUGGAUGUAUCUGCAGCUGCGUUCCUGGAACCAGCAAAGGAAAAAUUGGAGGCCGAUUUACAAGAAACUAUAACUGAAGAUCAUGACUCUUCAGUCUCACCACCUUCAGUGGAUGAGAUAAAGAAGGAAGACAUGUCUUCUGCUGACCAUUCCAUUUCACUGGAGGCAGAGAAGGGCUCUCUGGAAACAGGUUCACCAGCCCCCGCAGCCUCUAUCCAGGAAGAUUUUGGCCCAGAGAGAGAAGAGUUGGAUCUGACUGCACUAGAACAGGCAGAGCCAGUCUCUGAACAACUCACCCCUCCUCAUCUUAGUGUCAAAGGAGACAAGGAAGAAAAUGUGCCCGAGCUAUCCAUUUCUCUUUCUGAGCCUUUAGUGUUAGAGGAGCCAGAGAAAGAAGAAAUAGAAACAUCUCUACGAGUAGCUGCUACCCCUGAACCUGAAGAUUCCAAUUUAGUAGAAGAAGAGAUCAUAGAACUUGAUUACCCAGAAAGUCCAUCCGUUUCUGAGGAGCCCUUCCCACCUCGUUUGGCCCCUGAAGUGGAGCAGAAAGAAGAGGAGACCAUUCUACCAUUGCUGACAACACCAACACCUGAACAUGUUUUGUCUGAGGAAGAAAGAGAAGAAAAUGAGUCUGUUUCGACUGAUUCUGCUUUUGUAUCAGAGUAUUCUGUCCCACAGGAUCUUAGCUAUGAACUAGAGAAGCAGGACAUUGAGCCAGUUUCUCUAUCUCAUGUAAAAGCUGUAUCUGAACAUGCAGUUUUGUCCGAAGAGGAGAAUGAUGAAUUUGAGCCUUAUUCCCCAGCUUCAGUCUCUACCUCUGAACACUCUCUCUCACCAUCCAAAAUGGAGCAGAUUCCUGAGUGCCAGUCCCCACUGUUUUCCACAGUUACAUUGGAACACGUAGUCCUGUCCGGAGAAGAGGCCUCAGAAAGUGGGCGCUACACACCAGAUUCCACAUCUGCUUCUGAAUAUUCACUUCCAUCACAGGCAACGAAAGAGUCACUGAAGGAAACAACUGACCAUAAGUCCCCAUUAAAAUCAAAAGGUGUUCCUGAGCCCAUGAUCUCGUCAGAAGAAGGGAAGGAUGACACUGGGCCAUGUUCCCCUGAGGUGGCCUCUGUCCCUGAAGGCUCUCUCCCACCAGACACAACCAAGGGGACUUCUGAAUGGCUGGCCCCACCACUUUCAGCUGCUACAUCUGAACACAUGGUCCUAUCAGAGAAUGAGAACCUAGGAAAUGAGCCUUUCACUCCAGAUUCAACACUGACCUCCCAAUAUGCAGUUCUACCAAACGUAACACAGGAAUCCCCAAAGACAGUAGUUGAUGAUGUCUCCCUGUUGGAAUCAAAAGGAGUUUCUGAGCACAAGAUUCUGUCAGAAGAAGAGAAGGAAGACACUGGGCCAUAUUCCCCUGAGGUGGCCUCUGCACCUGAACACGCUCUCCCACCGGACACAACCGAGGGGACUUCUGAAUGGCUGGCCCCACCACUUUCAGCUGCUACAUCUGAACACAUGGUCCUAUCAGAGAAUGAGAACCUAGGAAAUGAGCCUUUCACUCCAGAUUCAACACUGACCUCCCAAUAUGCAGUUCUACCAAACGUAACACAGGAAUCCCCAAAGACAGUAGUUGAUGAUGUCUCCCUGUUGGAAUCAAAAGGAGUUUCUGAGCACAAGAUUCUAUCAGAAGAAGAGAAGGAAGACACUGGGCUGUAUUCCCCUGAGGUGGCCUCUGUACCUGAACACCCUCUUCCACCCGACACAAUUAAGGGGAUUUCUGAAUGCCAGGUCCCACCGCUUUCAACCAUUCCAUCUGAACACGUGGCCCUAUCAGAAGAAGAGACAGUAGAAGUGGAUCGGUACACACCCUCUUCUAUCUCUACUUCUGAAUUUUCAGUGCCACCAUUUGCAACACCAGAACCACAGGAGGAACCAAUUAUCCAUAUAUCCCAUCGGAAUCUAAAAGGGGCCUCCUCACCUGUGAAUUUCUCAGAAGAAGAGCAAGAAGACAUUGGACCUUUUUCUCCAGACUCUGCAUUUGUGUCAGAAUUCUCAUUUCCAUCCUAUGCAGCCCAGGAAACAGAGAAAAGAGAAUUUGAGUGUGAUUCUCCAAUAUGUUUAACAUCACCGUCUGAACACACUCUUUUGUCAGAUGAAGACACUGAGGAAGCUGAACUUUUUUCUCCAGACUCAGCAUCACAAGCUUCCAUCCCACCAUAUAGGAUUCCAGAAACAAACAAAAAGGAAAUUGAGCCUGGUUCACUGUUAACUGCGAUGGCUGCUUCAGGAUAUUCCAGCUUCGCAGAAGCACAUGAGGAAGAAAUUGCAUCAACAAGUACGACACCUGUCCCUGAGCAUCUAAGUUCAUCACAGCAGCAAAGAGCUGAACCUCCUCCUUCCACAUCCACACCUGAAGACUUGAGUCAGCUACCUUCAACAGAUGAAGCAGAGAAGGCAGAAAUUAAGUCAGAUGUUCAAAUAACCUCAACGUCUGUAUCUGAACAUCUCAUUUUGGCACAGAAGACGAGAACACGAACAUAUUUAGAACCUGAGUCUGAAGACUUGAAUCCACCGUGUUUAACCAGUGAUUCAGAAAAGGGAGAGAUUCAGCCUAGUUCAUCCCUAGCUGCAACACCUGUACAAUCAUCCAUUGUAAAGGAAGAAACCAAACCUGUUUUGCCUACAUCUCAGUGUUUAGUUUCACCUGACAUAGUCCAUGCAGUUAAGAAAGAACAAGAACCCAAAGCAUCACUCACUCCAGAAUCUGCAGAUGAACAGAUGGCUUUGUUAAAAGUUAAAAAUGGGGAAGAAAUUGUGCCCAAUUCUCAAGAAGCUAUAGCACAUGUAUUACGGGAUCAAGAAAUGGUGCCUCAGCCUCCAAAUGUUCCAGAGUCUGGGAUGAAAUAUUCAGUUCUGCCUGACUUGGUAGAUGAGCCAAAGAAGGAUGUCAAACCCGAUUUAGCUCCAACUGUGACAUCUGAACUAGAACAGAGAAUGUUGUCAGAGAAUGAGCCUGAAGUAAUAAAACCAUAUUCACUUCUAAAGGAAACAUCUUUCUCUGGACCUGAGAUUUUAUCUGUAGUGAAAACAGAAGUGAAACACGUUUCUAAAAUAACUGGUACACCUGGAGUGCUGCAGUCAGCUUCACCAGGAGUGGAAAAGGAAGUUGAGCAUGAACCACCUGUACCAGAAUUUUCAGCUUUGUCAGAAGAAAUAAGGCAAGAAAUUGAACCCAGUCCUUCAGUAACCACAUCUGUAACAAAGCAUGAUUCAAGUUUACCUGAAUUAGCAAAAGAAGAAAUCCCAACAGAUUUGUCUCUUACGACCCCUGUGGAACAUUCAGUCUUAACAAAAGUAGGAAAGAGUGAAUUAGGAAGUGGUUUGCCACCACUGGUAUCAUCUACAGAUGAGCAUUCACUUCUUAAAGAAGAAGAAAAUGUAGCAAUUAAAGCUAGUUCUCCCCCUGAAACUGCUGUAUCCCAGCAUCCAACUUGGUCAGAAAGAGAGAAAGAAAUUAAAUUUGAUGUACCUCCAAGCAUAUCAUCAAUAUCAGAGCAUUCUGUUUUGUCAAAGAUAGAAACUGAAGUUACACCUGAGUUGCCAAUAACCAAAGCAUUGCCUUCUCAGCAAUCAGAUGUGUCAAAGGAAGCAAUGGUGGAAAACAAACAAGAUCUUUCUUUGUCUCCCGUCCUUGACUCUGAACAUUUGGAUUUAUCACAGAUGAAAAUGUCCACGUCUGCUGCAGAGGUAUCAGGACCUGAACAUGUGCUUUUGCUCAACCGAGGUGGUGAGAUAAAGAAAACAGAAACUGAACUUCCUUCCUCACAGAAUGUGUCACCUGCGCCCAAACACAUCAUUCCAAAAGGCAAGAAUGAGGAAAUGGCAGGUUCUUCUCCUGAGUUCGAACGUUUAGCAUCAGAAGAUUUACCUCCAGCAUUACCAACCCUCAGAGACGAUAAGAACAAACAGGUGAUGGAGACAUCUUCUGUAGGUCAGGGAGAGUUCCCAUCAGAAAAACAAGGUCUUGCUCCAGCAGAGCUCUUUUUGGAACCUGAGAAAAAAGACAAGCCACAUCGAAUAUCAGAAUUACCAAAUGCUGGCUCAGAGUUCACUAGUGGUUUAGGUAGGCAAAGUGGAUCUAUAGAUACAGAACAAAUAAAAGCUCCUGUAACUGAAACAGGGGAUUCUGUCUUAGAAAAGGGCCCAGCUGAGCUUAGGAGCAGAGAAGGAAAAGAAGAAAACAGGGAACCUCAUGUGUCAACUCCUGUGCCUGAAAUUUCGGAGAUUUCAUCAUGCCUUAGGGAGGAACCUCAGAUUCAAGAAAUUAAAUCUUUCUCUCCUAGCUUAGGGUCAAAGGAAGCCUUGACCUCUCUGCUUGAAGGAGACAGCCCAGAAGAACUUCAGCCACACAUGUUGUCUUUAAAAGGAUUAUCAGAGGAGUUGACCCAUUCAGCUGACUUUAAAAAGGGGGAAAAACAAGAAAUCAGUUCAUUACUGCCGACAGGAAAUUUGAAGGCACAAGUGACAGGAGAUACUAUAAUUAGACUAAAGGAAGAAACUGACCAACCAAAUUCAUUUCAUGCACCCCAGAGUAUAACGGAGCCAUCAAAGAUUGCUUCUUCUGACCUCCUUGUGGAACAAGAGAAGCCCGAAGAAGGACUUCAUUCAGAUCAAACUGUUAAAUUACCUGACGUAAGCAGGUCUUUUGCAGAUAAAGAAGAUCUGGGUACUAAACCAUUUUUGGUUAUGAAAGAAAAUCUGCCUUUGGAGGAAUCAAGAUCAUUUACAACAACUGAACCUACAUAUGUUAAAGAAACACAUUUGAAAGAGGCCCUUAUUUCUCCAAAGGAUGAAAACUGGAUGCUGAAAAAGCCAGAAGAUUUGGCAGGUUAUCAUGAAGAAAGAGUGCCGGGAUCUGUGCAGCUGGGUUCCUUUGGUACCAGUGAUCUCAUGAUAGGAGAGCUCAAGCCUACUCUGUCGGAGAAGGACCAUACAAUGGAAAUCGGAAAGCAAGUUCUGCCAUGUUCUGCAGAAGAAUCUCACUUACCGUUACAAGAACAGGUGUCUACUCUCGACACCGCCAGAGGUCAUGCAGAGACCUUGUCAACUAAGACUUAUUCUUCUGAAGAAAUAAAUCUGACCCCCAAGCCACAAUCUUUAGUUCCAGCUGGAAAAGUGGAGAGAAAUGAAGCAGAGGGGAAGCAGACCCUUCCUCUCAUGGAGGAUGAGAAUUUGGUAUUGCGGAAAGCAAACAGAGAAUAUUCCAGGCCUUGCAUAGAAGACAGCCAAGAAGAAAUCAAAACACCAUCUGAAAUAAUCCUCCGGGAACAAGUGUCUGGCCCAUCAGUGGACCAGGUCAAAUCAGAAACUCUUCCUUCUGUUGUGAAAGCAGCCCAUUUUCUGGCAGAAGAGGUAGAACCUGCAUUGGGCAAUGAAAAAGAAGCACAGCAGCCUGUGUGUCCUUCACGUGGAGAGAAGCCAUUAGAAGAAUCAAAAGUGAUUCUGUCAAAGGUUGUAGAUGAUGCUAAUGAGAGAGGGAAACCAGCAUCUGAAGUGAAAAUACCCACACAAACAAAACACCUCCCCUCAACCCAAGAAAAUGAAGAACCUCAGCUCCCAGAGUCACCUGAGGUAGUACAGAAGCUGCCUGAGGUGCAGAAGGCAGUGGAGCCAGGCCUUUCUGAGGAAAAGGGAAAGAAAGGGAUUUCAUCUUUCACAUCAUGGAUGUCCAGUUUGUUUUUCCGAUCAAGCACUCCAGAUAAUAAAGUGGCCAAAAAAGAAGCUUUAGAAGCCAAGCCAAGCCCAUCUGUAGAGAAAGCAGAGACUGUGAUAGAGUCUAGAGGUCCAGCUCCAGCUGACAUUCAGGCAACUGAGAAGCCAGCUGAUCACAUAAUACCAGAGCCCAAACCUAAAAUUGCUGACAAACCCAGAGAUACUUUAGUUAAAUCUGGUGAGGGUCAAGACUUUAAAGAAAAACCCACAUCUUUAUCAAAUGCAGAUGUUUUGCAACAGCCAAAAUCCAACUUGGAGGGAUCUAGUGAAGGUUAUGGGAAGAAAGAAGUCCUAGACUAUACAGAGGAGACAGACCUAAACUCAGUACUUCUUUCUGCUGAUGGUGAGGGACAUCUUAGAAUUCAAUCUUAUUCUCCCAAAGGUGAGAAAUCCAUUGUGGAAGAAGCCAAAAAUGUUGUUCCUCUUCAUGUCACUGACAGUAAAAGACUCCAGAAACCAGAAAUCGCCCCUCCGUCUAAAUGGAAUAUUUCUAUUCUUAAGGAAGAGCCAAGAAGUGAUCAAAAAGAAAAAUCACUCUUUUCAUUUGAUGCAGUAGAUAAAGUGCCACAAAAGCCAAAAUCACCAUCAUCUAGCUUUGCAAUUAAAGAUACCACAGAGGAAUCAGAGAAGCUGGAGUCAAUAAUUUUGCCAAUAGAAGAAUCUAAAGGCAAUUUAAUUCAUCUUGAUGAAGAUAGACUAGAGAAAGAAAUGCCAAAACAUACCUCCUUGAAAUUUUCUGAAGAGGAAAUAAAAUUCAGAUCUGUUAGCCCAACAGAGGAGGAAGAUAACUUGAGAAUGAGAUCAUUUUCUUCAGCAGAAAAGCAAGUUCUGGCAGAAAAACAAGAACCUGUGGCCCCAUUACAGCUUAGAGGUGAUAAUGAAAUAGGGAAGGCACAAAUUACACAUGGAUUGAGCCCCGUUACACUGAAAGAAGCAAAACCUGCUGCUGUGUGGCAGCAGGUCUGUCACAAUGAAGACCACAAAGAAAGAUACAAAAUUAUUGAAGAGGAGAAAGAAGAAAAAGAAAAAGAAAAAUUUUCAGAAGGAAAGCAGCAGCAAGAAAUUCAGCCUUGUUCUGAGAAUAUAGCCAGGCAUAUGCCUGUAGAGUUAGAGAUCUCUUUCAGUCACACUUUGGGUGAAACUCAACCAUUUUCACUAGAAAAAACUACAGCAAUUACUGAAAAAUCAGAAACCCUGAUCUCAGAGGCUUACCCAGAAAUCAGGGAAACAAAGGCAGUAAGUGUCCAACCACAUCCAUUAGAAGAACAUAAAGUUGUGGAGAAAAGCGAGACUUUGCUUCCAUUGGAUCUUCCUUAUCGUGAUGAAAUAGAUGACCGCUCUUCACCUAAGGAAGGAAAUCUGGUAGUAGAAAAGUCAAACGAGGAUGUGGUGAGUCACAGUGAAGAAAAGGGACAGGUCACAGUGUCGGGGCCACCAAAAUAUGCUCCAGUAGAUAUCCCAAAAGAAAGUAUGAGAGAAGGAUCUCCAUCUAAAGAAUCUGAAAGGAUUUUAGAUCGUCCUUUUGGUGAAACGAAGAACUUAGAAACACCGUAUUUGUUGUCAUCUGUGAAACCACAAACACAUGUUUCAGAGGGGUCUCCGGAAAUUAGUACAAUGAAGAAACAAGAAAUAUCAUGGUCAGAAUUGACUCCAGAUAGUCAUGAAGACCAUACUGUUCAAACAUCUAGAGAUGCAACAUCUGAAAUGUCUGAACAAUCUGUUCUCAUUUCAAAGCACCACUUGGAAGCUGUGGAAGAUGCCCACUCUUUAGCAAGCAGCAACUAUGCUCAAUUUAUAAUUAAUGCAUCAACAGUCCGUGCUGAUGAGGUGGUUUCCAAGGAGCCUGAAGGCACAUAUGUAAAAGAUGAAGAAUUUACGACUAGUAAGCCAGCUGGACUUUCAGAAGAUCAGAAGAGUGCCUUCAGUAUCAUUUCUGAAGGUUGUGAAAUAUUGAAUAUUCAUGCUCCUGCGUUCAUUUCUUCUGUUGAUCAGGAAGAAAGUGAACAAAUGCAAGAGAAGUUAGAAUAUUUGGAAGAGAAGCCCUUAUUUAAACCUCUAUCCCUCUAUGACAAGAGUGAAGCACUUGCUUGCCAUAAAACAUUACAGGAUAAGAUAGAAGAUGCUGAUAAAAAAGUUACACCAUUGAAAGAAAGCAAACAAGAGGAAACUCAUAGAACUGAAGAGGAGCUAUCCCCAGAUUCAGAAACUGGUGAUUUAGCCUUUAAUCCACCCGCAAUUCCCAGUGAAGAGGAUUAUUUUGAAAAAUAUACAUUGAUUGAUUAUAACAUCUCCCCAGACCCGGAAAAACAGAGAGCUCCAUGGAAAUUAAAUGUUGAAGCAGAACUAUCAAAAGAAGCUCCAGAAGAAACUGUCUCUUUCCCAGAACAUUCAGAGGAAAGUGCCCUAGAACAUGAGUAUGACCUGGUGAAAUUAGAUGAAAGGUUUUAUGGACCAGAAAAGGACUAUAACAAAUUAUCUGACCCAGAGACCCAAAAGGUUUUGGUUAUCCAAAAAUCAGCUGACAGAGAUGCUCCAAAGAGCACAAAUAGAGAUGUGGACUCAAAGUCACCUGGGAUGCCUUUAUUUGAUGCAGAGGAAGGAGUUUUGUCACGAACCCAGAUAUUUCCUACCACUGCUAAAGCCAUCAAUCCUGAACUUCUGGAGGAACCACCUGCACUUGCAUUUUUAUACAAAGAUCUGUAUGAAGAAGCAGUUGGAGAGAAAAAGAAGGAAGGAGAGACAGCUUCUGAAGGUGACAGUGUGAAUUCUGAAGCAUCAUUUCCUAGCAGAAAUUCUGACACCGAUGAUGGAACGGGAAUAUAUUUUGAGAAAUACAUACUCAAAGAUGACAUUCUCCAUGACACAUCUGUAACUGAAAAGGACCAAGGCCAAGGUCUAGACGAAAAACCAGUUGGUAAGAAUGAUUCAUAUGAACCAAUAACUGCAGAAGGGGAAAUUUGGGGGAGGUUUGUAACUGUUUCGGAGGAGGAGAGUCUGGAAGAGAAACAGAAAGCUGCUUACAGGGAAGGAGAAUCACUAGGCCAUGUGGAGACCCUUGACACUGUAGCUAUGCAGAGGAAAGCUCCCAUCACUGAGGAGGUCAGAGUGGUUACCCAGAGGAUAAGCUAUGCAGUUCCAUUUGAAGACACCCAUCAUGUCUUGGAGAGAGUCGAUGAAAUGAGCAGUCAGGCUAUUGAAGCAGCAAAUGCAAAUCCAGAUGUCAGUCUGAAUGUCCCAGUUCAAGUGUCCUUCCCAGAAGAAGAAUUUUCACCUGGUACCACUUGUGUUCAAGAAACACUGCAAGAGGAACCACCAAUAAUGGUCUCCCCUGAGCCAAGUGCGGACAGGCUCCGCGGUAGCCCUGUUCAGGACGAGUAUGAAUUUGCUGAAUCCCUGAAUUAUGAAGUAGUUACUCAAGACACGUUAUCAGAAGAACUGUAUUCAGAAUCCACCCCUGAGGAUGUGUUAUCUCAAGGAAAGGAAUCCUUUGAGCAUGUCAGUGAAAAUGAAUUUGUGAGUGAGGUGGAACAAAGCAUGUCUGCUGAACAGAAAGACUUGGGCAGAGAGAUGACACAACAAACCCAGUUAGCAUUAGAGGUGGUUGCAGAGGAGGAACCUAAAAGGUCCCAGAUUGACACAUACUGCUAUACUUGCAAAUGCCCAAUUUCUGCUGUGGACAAGAUGUUUGGCACCCACAAAGACCAUGAGGUUUCAACACUUGAUACGGCCAUAAGUGCUGUAAAGGUUCAAUUAGCAGAAUUUCUAGAAGAUUUACAAGAAAAGUCCCUGAGGAUCGAAGCCUUUGUUAGUGAGAUAGAAUCUUUCUUUAAUACCAUCGAGGAAAACUGUAGUAAAAAUGAAAAAAGGCUAGAAGAACAAAAUGAGGAAAUGAUGAAGAAGGUUUUAGCUCAGUAUGAUGAAAAAGCCCAGAGCUUCGAGGAAGUGAAGAGAAAGAAGAUGGAAUUCCUGCACGACCAGAUGGUCCACUUUUUGCAGAGCAUGGAUACUGCCAAGGACACCCUGGAGACCAUCGUGAGAGAAGCUGAGGAGCUUGAUGAGACCGUUUUCUUAACUUCAUUUGAGGAAAUCAAUGAAAGGUUGCUUUCUGCAAUGGAGAGCACUGCUUCUUUAGAGAGAAUUCCUGCUGCGUUUUCACUCUUUGAACAUUAUGAUGACAGCUCGGCAAGAAGUGACCAGAUGUUAAAACAAGUGGCUGUUCCACAGCCUCCUAGAUUAGAACCUCAAGAACCAAAUUCCGCCACUAGCACCACAAUUGCAGUAUAUUGGAGCAUGAGCAAGGAAGAUGUCAUUGACUCGUUCCAGGUUUACUGCAUGGAGGAGCCACAAGAUGACCAAGAAGUAAACGACUUGGUAGAAGAAUACAGAGUGACAGUGAAAGAGAGCUACUGCGUUUUUGAAGAUUUAGAACCUGACCGAUGCUAUCAAGUAUGGGUAAUGGCUGUGAACUUCACUGGAUGUAGCCUGCCCAGCGAGAGGGCAAUCUUUAGAACAGCACCCUCCACCCCUGUGAUCCGAGCCGAGGACUGUACUGUCUGUUGGAACACGGCCACCAUCCGAUGGCGGCCUGCCAACCUGGAGGCCACUGAGACCUACACUUUGGAGUACUGCAGACAACACUCGCCAGAGGGUGAGGGCCUCAGAUCUUUUUCUGGAAUUAAAGGACUCCAGCUGAAAGUUAACCUCCAACCCAAUGACAAUUACUUUUUCUACGUGAGAGCCAUCAAUGCAUUCGGGACAAGUGAACAGAGUGAAGCUGCCCUCAUUUCCACCAGAGGAACCAGAUUUCUCUUAUUGAGAGAAACGGCUCAUCCUGCUCUGCAGAUUUCCUCAAGUGGGACAGUGAUUAGCUUCGCUGAGAGGAGACGCCUGACAGAAAUCCCAUCAGUGCUGGGUGAGGAGCUGCCUGCUUGCGGCCGGCAUUACUGGGAAACCACCGUCACAGAUUGCCCAGCUUACCGACUUGGCAUCUGCUCCAGCUCGGCCGUGCAGGCCGGCACCCUGGGACAGGGGGAGAGCUCGUGGUACAUGCACUGCUCUGAGCCACAGAGAUACACAUUUUUCUACAGUGGCAUUGUGAGCGAUGUCCAUGUGACGGAGCAUCCCGCCAGAGUGGGCAUCCUGCUGGACUACACCACCCAGAGGCUCCUGUUUCUAAACGCCGAGACUGGACAGUUGCUCUUCAUCAUUAGGCACCGGUUCAAUGAGGGGGUCCACCCUGCCUUUGCCCUGGAGAAACCCGGAAAGUGUACUUUGCACCUGGGGAUCGAGCCCCCGGAUUCUGCAAGGCACAAGUGAUCUUGGCUUUCAAAGUUUGCCAGAGCAAUCAUUCAAAUUGGGGUGGGGGACUCUCUCUUGUUCUUUCCUGUGGGCGCUAAACAUUAUUCAAAAACCUCUUCUGCACAUGUGCGCUAAUGACAGCUCCACGCACAGUGAUCAGCACGCGAGCAAAGCCACUGGAAAAAAAAAAAAAAAAAAAC